AUGGCAGGGGAAGAGGGCGCGGCUUGCGAGGUAGAGGCACUCGAGGAUCUGGUCAAAGACUUCCCGGAAGUCCAGUGCAGCAGGGCAAAGGAGACCGAGGCCAGGGAAGUGCUCAAGCCCACGGCGGUAGGAUGCCAGGUGGAGGUAGGGCGCCUCGCGGUGGUGGAAGAGGCCACGGACUUCGUGGUACAGAAAUUUUUCAGUCAGAAGAGGGAAGACGAUAUUCACAAAAUCCUGGAAGCCGAUUCUCGAAUCUGCCUUCCUUUGCGUCCGGGCUUUGGGACACAAGGAGAGAAAAUUAUACUAUAUGCAAAUUACUUCCAGCUAUCCAUUCGAUCUAAAGUUGACCUCCAUCGCUACAAAGUGGAGAUCUCAGGAGAGCCGAAAGGCCGCAAGCUCAAGCAAAUCAUCGCACUCUUAGUGCGUGAGAAUUUCGCACAUGUUGGCAGUGCCAUAGCAUCGGACUACAAGGCCACUCUGAUCACAUGCGUUCCUCUGAUGACCGAUCAAGAGCGUGUUUAUGAAGUGCGAUACAAGGCUGAGGACGAGGAGGAAUAUCCGGACAACCCCAGGAUAUUUCAAGCUAAAGUUACGCAAACAGGAAGGGUCAACCCAUCCAACCUCCUGGAUGAGCUAACAUCGACCAAUGCAAGUCCAAUGCUCCAAUGCAAGUGGGAGGUGCUGCAGGCCUUGAAUCUCGUGAUUGGAAACCACCCAAAGACCAGCGCCCAAAUAGCAUCUGUGAGCAGCAACAAACAUUUCAGUGCCCACCCCGAUCCUUCAGAGCGGAGCGAUUUAGGCGCAGGUCUCGAGGUAUUGCGAGGAUUCUUUAUCAGUGCUCGUGCCGCCACGUCGCGUUUCCUUCUCAACUGCCAAGUUAAGUACGCCGCUUGUUACCGCGAGGGAGAACUGAAAAUUCUCAUCGCUGCGUACAGAGAGGAGGGCCACCCAAACAUAUACCGACUAGGGGCGUUUAUAAGAAAGUUGAGAGUUCAAGUGACUCAUAUCCGCCGACAAGAUAGUAAGGGCCAAACGAUCGUGAGAUACAAAACUAUCACAGACUUCGCAUCACCUGCCGACGGAGACUCCUUCCAGAACAGACCACAAAUCCGUCGAUAUGGCGCUGGUCCACGGGAGGUACAGUUCUGGCUCGAUGGCAGCGGCCCAAAAAAGAUCAGUAAAGGGAAAUCCAAGAGAGCUGGACCCGAUGAACCCGGGCGAUAUGUCACGGUCGAACAGUUUUUCCGUGAGAAAUAUAACAUUACUGUCUGUGCAGACCUGCCAGUUGUUAAUGUCGGUACGCGACAGGAUCCAUCAUAUCUGCCAGUUGAAGUCUGUCUUGUCGCGGCUGCACAAGUUGCUCGGACCAGCCUUAGCGGGCGACAGACGCAAAAUAUGAUCAGGUUCGCAGUCCGCAGCCCUGCUCAAAAUGCGCGCUCUAUCGUAACAAGAGGUACUGAGCUGCUUGGUUCACCCCCAUGCGUGAACGAUACCCUGGAAGCCUUUGGCGUUGGCCUGGACCCCCGCCUCAUUACUGUGCCUGGUCGGGUUUUACCCUCUCCGCCAGUGCUCUAUGGGUCUAAUAAAACAGCCAGGCUGUCCUCCGGCAGUUGGAAUAUGAUGUCAAAUAAGGUUUCUGUACCAAUACGCUUGGUAUCCUGGGCGUUUAUCUACAUUGUCUGUGACAGGGAAAGAGAAGCGUUUCCACGACCGGCAGAUCUCAUGCCAUGCCUCUCCGCGUUGAACUCGAAAUUGAGUGAGAUCGGUGCUCCCGCUAGUCCCGCCGUGGACGGGCAGAGGGUGAAUGUCACUGCAGCGUAUCGUGACGGGACAUACGAUGGAGGCGAGCUUGACAGAAUACUGAAAGACGCCGUUCAGCACCUCAAGACCAAACACAAGAUGCAGCUUCUCUUGGCAAUCCUUCCUUCCAAGAACACGCAUAUUUACAGCUCCGUAAAGCGUGUCUGCGACAUUAAAGAAGGCGUGCGAAACGUCUGCGUUCUCGCGGAGAGAUUGGCAAGUAGGAAUCCUCAGUACCUUGCCAAUGUCUGUCUUAAGGUCAACUUGAAGCUUGGCGGUACGAACCAUAUUUUGGAAGGUCAAAAGUUGGGGAUCAUUUCGUCAGGCCAAACUAUGGUUGUUGGUAUCGAUGUCACGCACCCAUCUCCAGGCUCUGCAUCGAACGCCCCCAGUGUCGCUGGUAUGGUGGCGUCCGUGGAUCGCAUUCUUGGCCAGUGGCCUGCAGAGCUAAGAAUCCAACGCUCUCGCCAGGAGAUGGUCACCGCGCUUGAUGUGAUGUUGCAGAGGCGACUCGAACACUGGAUGGUCCACAACAAGCAGCUACCUGAAAACAUCCUCGUCUAUCGUGACGGGGUGUCAGAAGGACAGUAUCGACAAGUCGUGGAUGACGAGGUUCCCCUCUUGAAGUCGGCAUGUGAGUUUAUGUACCCUGCGCACGAUACCAGAUGCGGAAAGCCCCGCCUCUCCGUGAUUGUGGUUGGAAAACGGCAUCAUACACGCUUCUACCCGACCCGGGACACCGAUGCAGAUCGAUCCUCUAAUCCCCGGAACGGUACUGUCGUGGAUCGUGGAGUAACCGAAGCGAGGGAAUGGGAUUUUUUCCUUCAGGCACAUUCGGCUCUGCAAGGAACCGCACGCCCAGCACACUACUAUGUAGUCUGGGACGAGAUCUUUAGGGCUCAGCGACCACGUCCUCCUUUUGCGAACACUGCCGAUAUUCUUGAGGAUCUCACUCACAACCUGUGCUAUCUGUUUGGACGCGCAACCAAAGCCGUCAGUAUUUGCCCUCCAGCGUACUACGCUGACUUGGUAUGUGAACGUGCCCGCUGUUAUCUCAAAAAGGUCUUCGACGAGAGUGCUGGACAUACCCCAACGGGGAGUGUUACUGAGGGGGGCCGCGGAGAAGUAGCAGUGCAUAGUUCAGAUGUACAGAUUCAUCCAGAUGUGAGGGAUACAAUGUUCUACAUAUGAUGCCGGAGUGGUCGUUAGAAUUAGUCCAAGUCAAAUUGAACUCUUCUAGUGGGGAUUUGUACAGAAUCAGUCGUCACUAGGAAGAAUGUAGACUUACGUUAGUUAAUGGGCAGUUGGC